UACAUAUAUUGGCUGCCGCCCCAUAGCUGUGUCAAAUUUUUCCACUGUGCGAACAGGGGAUUAGCCUAAUUUGCAACAGUUCAAUGAAACCAAGCAAGUACUAUAGACAUGAUUCUCCACCACGAUUUACGAGCGACGUUGGUUGCUUCUAUUCAGUUGGAUUUCAAUAUGGAAAGGUGGCACAACAAGCUCGCUGUUGUAACUGGUGCAAGUGGCGGUAUCGGCGCCGCUUGUGCUCGUGCCAUGAUCGCUGCAGGACUACGAGUAGUAGGCUUGGCUCGUCGAGAGGAAAAACUAAAGGAGCUGCGUGAAAGUCUGCCAAGUGAUUUGCAAAAAAACUUUAUAGCACGACGUUGUGACGUGUCCAAUGAGGAUCAGGUGCUAAGCACUUUUGACUGGAUAGAACGUGAACUAGAGGGUCCGGACGUGUUGCUAAAUAAUGCGGGCAUAACACGUGAAACGGAGCUUGUUACCCCGGGGAAUACGCAAAAGCUACGCGAGGUUAUUGACACUAAUGUGAUGGGCGUCAUUUGGUGCACAAGAGAGGCUUUUAACAAUAUGAAGAAACGCGAUGUGGAGGGUCAUGUUCUGAUUAUUAACAGCAUUGCUGGACAGCAAGUGUUGAAUUUUAUUGAUGUGCUGCCCUCGUUUAAUAUAUAUCCGGCUAGCAAGUUUGCCAUUACGGCGCUCACGGAGACAUAUCGCCAGGAGUUUCAGUUGCACAAGAGCAAGGUGCGCGUCACUGGCAUUUGUCCAGGUGCAGUGAAUACCAACAUAUUUCCCAAGGAGAUACAGUUUUAUGUCAAGGAUAUGGCCAAGCUGGAGCCAGCUAAUAUAGCCGAUGCGGUGCUCUUUGCGCUGCGCUCGCCUCCACAUGUGCAGAUACACGAGCUGACUAUCAAACCCAUGGGGGAGAUCUUUUAAACGUUACAGUGAAUUUCGUUUAAAACUAAAUAUAUCUACA